CGCAGUUUACCGGAAGCUGAUAUUCUGUUCGAAAUUUUCAACACUUCCUAUACAUCGUCAUCUAUACGUCUACAUAUUGUAAAAUGGCAUCUAUGAACAAAAUAAUACUGAAGUCGACAACUAAGAUUAGUCUGAAUGAUAGAUUUCAAAAUAUCCAAAAAUUCAAGCCAGUGCCAGCCAAGGAACAACAAGUAAAAGUGAGGCUAAAUGCCCAGUCUCAACAGGCAAGCCAGAAAAAUCGUAGAUUGGCACAACAAAUGGCCAAUAGGCCUGGGGUCAAACAAGCGCUUGAUCUCAAAAAGCGAUCCAUCAAGCAACGAGUGGGGAAGGCCAACGUGAAAGCCAGACUGAACUUAUCCCAGGUCAGAGGCAGAGGAAACAUUAGGGGAAUCCGUGGUAAUAGAGGUAAUCAACAGAGAGGAGCCUUUAGACAACAGCAACAGCAACGUGGUGUUCAAAACUUCAGAGGUAGGGGAAGAGCCCAAUCCAGGGGUAUUCGUGGAGGUGGCAUGAGAGGAGGACAGCAAGUAGGCAGAGGAAGAGGAAGGGGAGGACAACAGAGGGGGAUGAGAGGAAACCCUGCCAGAGGUCGAGGCGGGCGUGGUGGACGAGGACGAGGAGGUAGAGGAGGGCGUGGCGGACGGGGAGGAGGGCCCAAGCCAAACCAGGAGGACUUGGACAAUCAGUUAGAUGCCUACAUGGCUAAAACUAAAGGACAUUUAGAUCAUGAACUUGAUGCUUACAUGGCCAGUGCUGACGACUGAGAGUUGAACAUUUCAGUCAAUAUUGAACCACUGCUUUGAAUAUACAUUCUAAUUUUAUACUAAGUAUUUAUACUAAUUAAGUUAAGCUGUGGAAGUCCAGCAUCCACAGUUCAGUUCUGCUGCUACUAAUACUCUUUUAAGGGUGAUUAAGUUUGGUUAAUUUUUCACCCUCUGAAAUUAAAGACUUAUUAUGGCAAUGGAAGGUGAAUGUAUUCAAAAUGGUGGUUCAUGAGCACAGUAACCACUCAGGGGCUGGUCUUUGGU